CUCCCUCGCCAGAUUGCCGUCGUCGCCCCUCCGCCUCCGACCGCGCUCACGACCUGGUCUUCUCCCGUCCUGUCGAGACAACCCAGCCCGCAGAACCGUGCCCGUCCCCCUCCCGAGACUUCCGUCGCGCCUCCCCUCGGCUCAAGAUUGUCAUCACCCCCAGCCGGCGUCUGGCACCUGCCCCGCUCGCUAUUUCUCGGGUCCGCAUCCACGGAGACAGUCCCACUCGCGUAGUCGUGUGAUUCCCGGAUACGCAUGCCCGUCGCAAAUGCCCCCCUUCGCGCCCGCCGGCCCUCUCGCGAUGUCGACCCUAGGGCAUCCUCUCCCCCGCCGAGCAGCAGCGACGACGCCGUCUACGCCCAUCGCGCGCAUCGCCGCGAAGUCUCUCGUCCCGAAACUCCAGCCGAAGGAGAGCGAAGAUGCGGAGGAGCUGCAACGGCUACCGCGUCCUACGAAGCAGGUGUACUCAUGAUCCCUCUGUAUCCUACGGGAUCAUGCCCUCACAUCGAUGAGUCCUUCAACUGCCACCUCAACGACCUGCCUGACAAAGCUUACGUGAGGCUCCAGUGGCAACCCAGCGGAUGUAGAAUCCCAAGGAAGGUCUGCUCAUGCCCAUCUCCACGUGCUGCUCCAGUGAGAGCUCGUCACAACACAGGCUGUCGAGGGGAAGCCCCUGCUGUGGUAGAUAUUUAUUAAUAUAAAGAAGAAGGCGGAAACUAACUAAAGCACAGGGAAAAGAACCAUCUGCUAUCUAUAGGAAUUUACAAGCGAGGAGAAAAGAGUUGAUUUCUCUUCAGAAAAGCGGUUAGCUUGCAGAAGAGCUUCAGCGCGGAAUUCUUUUUUCCAGCCAAUGAAAGAUGGUCGUCCCCUGUCAAAGACAAAAUUGUUUCUUUGCUUCCAGAUUUGCCAAGCUGCUAUGAUAAAGACCUCCAUAAAGAAUGGUGAACCGUGGAAGUCACUGGCUUGUUGAAAGGUUGCAAAGAAGUCAAACUGGUGGUUCCACUGAAUAUUCAGAUGUCUCCAACAGUCUUGGCUGAAAGGGCAAUUGAAGAACAAAUGGAAGGCAGUUUCUUCUCUUUGAAGUUGACAAAGAGCACAGUUGUAGUUGUCGCCUUGAACCUUAAAGUUCUUUCUCUUUAGGAUGUUUCUGGUGUUCAGCCUAUCCAUCAACAGCAGCCAGGUGAAGACUUUAAGCUUGUUUGAACAUCUGGACUCCCAGAUCCAAAGAAAUGGUUUUGGAGGAUUCACAUUUUUGAAAGUGUAGUGGUAAAGUUUAGUUGAUGAGUAGGUGCUAUUCCCCCAAAUAUAACUCCAAGAGUCUUUCUCUUCUGGUUCAA